AUGGUACUAGGUCAUAUAAAAGACAGAUUAAUCAUUACAUGGUCACAGUUUGUUGUUGUUGUUGCUGUUGCAGCGCUGCUAAAUUGCCUCGUCUGUCAAGCAGCCGGCCGUGCACCACCAGAGCCGUACUAUGGUCGCUACAUUGGGCAGUUUACAAACUUUGCGCACGGAAUUAAGGGUUCCAUCUAUGCGGUUGAUGAGUCGACGCUGUUUGUUAAAUCCUUUGCCUACGACGGCACCGGACCGGAUGCCUUCUUCUGGGUGGGCAAGACGGCACGACCAUCACCCGAAGGAUAUAUUAUACCCUACCCAGAGGAAUAUAAAGGACCAGAUCCGCCCAUUUUGCAGGCGCACAACAAUACGGACAUCAUACUGCGUUUACCCAUGGGCAAAAGGAUUAAGGACAUUCGAUGGCUCUCAGUGUGGUGCAGACGUUUUACGGUUGAUUUUGGAGAAGUGUUCAUACCACCUAGUCUAGAUGUUCCCAAGCCCCGAGUACUGCCGGAAUUUCGACGUCUGGCCCAUGGAUUACGUUCCAGCAACAUUAGUGUAUUGGAUGCUAAAACAUUUUACAUUCCCAAUUUGCACUAUGACGGCGCUGGACCCGAUGCUUAUUUCUGGGUGGGCAAUGGCAGCGAACCAAAUAUCAUGGGUGUAAAGGUACCCAAUGAGAUUGGAUCGUUGGAACCGCUGCGUGGUUAUCAGGGCGAGGAUAUUGAGAUUCAGCUACCUGGUAGUCUGACCGUUUACGAUAUUGACUGGCUGGCAGUGUGGUGUGUGGAAUAUAGACACAACUUUGGGCACGUUUUCAUACCCAAGGACUUGGAUGUGCCACCGGCAUUGGGUCAGACAAAGAUCACGACAACAACUACACCGCGUCCCGUUUACUCCAAUUGCCGUGAGAUUCUUCCCAAUAGGUUACAGGUCAAGUGGGAACUUCUGGGCGAGUAUCUACAGAUUGAACUGUUUGGACGCAUCAAUGAGGACCAGUAUAUGGCCUUUGGUCUCUCCGGCGCCAAUGGAAGACCCCAGAUGGCACAGUCCGAUGUUGUCGUGGCUUUUUACGAUACAAAUGCUCGGGUCUUCCGGGCUGAGGAUUAUUUCAUCUCGGAUUUAUCGCAGUGCGAUGGCCAACGUGGUGUCUGUCCCGAUGAGCGCAUUGGAGCUCGCAAUGAUGUGAUAGUGGUGAGUGGAGAUCGCAAGAACGGUGUCACCAGCAUUCGCUACAAGCGUCUCCUUCAAACUAACGAGGCCAUCUACGAUAUGCCCAUCCCGAUUGAUCGCGAUGUAUCGAUUAUUGCUGCAGUGGGUCCACUUAAUGCCCGCAAGGAGGCCAAUGCGCAUUCACACACACCCAGCGAUCACAAUCCCGACGACAUUCGCAUCAAUUUCUCAAAACGCAACGAUCACUCCUGCAAGAACUCCUUAUAUGAUUUGAAAGACGAGAGUGGACCGAAACCUUGGCCAACUCGUAAGAUCGUAGGCGAGCGAAAGUUGCGGGCGAGCAUUGGACCUACGGGUGGAAAACGUGGCUACACGGCAAUCACAGGGGGAGCUUCAUGGGGCAUUGCCUGGUACAUCAACGAUCUGCUAAUACCUGAGAUCACUGUGGAGCGUGGUCUCACCUAUGAGUUUACCAUCGAAGGCGGCAAUGAUCCAACACAGCCAGCCAGAUAUCAUCCCAUGUACAUCACGGACUCUCCCGAGGGAGGGUUGGGUCAGAAGACGGGCUUGGAAGCGCGCAAACAGACAGCCUUUGCAGGCGUCGAAUAUGAUGAGGAUGGCAAUGCCACACCCACCGGUGUUGGACGCUAUUGUGAAUGGGAACAUCGCACCAUUGAUCGAUCCGCGGAAAUCGACACCUUCGAGGAGUAUAAGAGUACGCUGAUCUACAAAUGCGAGGAUGGAGAUCCGGGUUAUAUGAACUGGACAGUGCCCAUGGAUGCACCCAAUCUGCUGUAUUAUCAGUGCUUCACCCACAACAAUCUGGGCUGGAAGAUCAAUGUGGUGGACGCGGGAGCAAGUGGUGCUAUCGAUAACCUUUAUCUGGGUCAUAAACAUCUACUGAUUUUAAUAGUUUCAACAGUUCUUAGCCUGGUUGCAAGACAUCGUCGACUUGCCUGAUAGUCUGUUGGCCAUUAAAUCAAUCGAAUUAUUCCAAGAUUUUCAGACCACAUAUCCUAAAUUUCCAAUCCCAUUUGGAAUCUUUUUUAACGAAUUUAUAUAAUUUCAUUGCAUCAGUAGCGAUAUUUCUCUACAAUAUUUGCUGGAGAUCUUGGCAAGCAUUCGAUUUUUUUUAAGAAGAACAACAACCAGGCUAAUAUCAUCUGAAAGACAUAUCUUCAUAAUAAUUAAUAAGGUGUACAACUGUUGAAACUAUUGUGUGUGUAUGGUAGCGUGUGUGAGACAGUACAGUGAGGCCUCUCAAAUGAUAUAUGCUCUUUGUAUAUUUACGUAAAUGGAAUUCUACUUUUUUACAUACGAAAAACAAACUUACUUAUACAUCUACAUUUACACAGUACUCGUAAAAUUGUAAUUUUUCUAGAAACAACUACUACUUAUAUACAUAUAUAUAUACAAAUACAUAUUUGUAUAUAUGUAUCUGUAUAGCUCAAAUGCGGUUAAUUUGUAAAGUGGAAACCGACAAUAAUAAAAACGCGACACGAUGACAAUAAAUGAAAAGUGCGCAAAGAAUUUUCGCUUGUAAGUUAAGAAUUAAAUAAUUUAAGAGAUUGCACGAAAUAUGACAAUAAAAUGCAUAUGU